AUGGUUGGGUUUCUGGGUACUUUUAUUGCUUCCAUAAUUAACGUGGUUGUAAUCCCCUUUGGUGACAGAAUUCCAUUGCAUGCUUGCAAGGCCCUCGAGAGCAAGGCGCCGAGUCCGCCGGAGGGAAGGCAGGAGCGGCAGGGCGACGCCGGCGGGACCCCCCAGGCGAAGGCGGCGAAGGAGGCGUCUCGUCCUCGUCCGUCGUCGUCACUUCCUUCCUCCGUCCCUUCGUGUCCUCUCGUUCUUCCCACUUCGUUUUCCCCUCUUCCUCCUCUGCCUCCCGCUCCUGCAGCUGCUGCCGUUCUCUCCCCUCCUGCGGCGCCGGGCAAGCAGGCGGAGGCGGCGAAGGCGAGCCCGCCGAAGGCCUCGCCCGCCGCGUCGCCCCCGAGGCCGGCCGGCGGCCUCUGGACCUCGACCGGCCUGUGGACGGGGCCGGAGAGGCGCCCCGCGGAGGCCGCUCCCCCGCCGGCCAAGCCUCGCAAGAUGACCGUGCCGUCGAUCCUCAAGCGCUCGGGGAAGCUGUGGAAGGCCGUCUCGCAGGCGGGCGGCCCCCCGGCGGCGCCCGCGGAGCCGACCGACGGGGGCGCGGGCCAGGGCGCCCACCACCAGGUGUUCGUGGCCCAGGCGGGCGGCCCGCCGGGCGCGGCGCCCCCGCCCUCGGUUCCCGCCCCCGGCAGCCCGGAGCCGCCCGCCAGCGCAGCGGCCGCCCCGGUGCCGCCGCUCCUGAGGGUGUCCACCAGCAAGACGUGGGUCCCGCCGGCGUCGCAGCCGAAGGGCGCCGCGGACGAGGCCCCGGCGGCCGCCACUCCCGGCACCAUCCAGCGCCAGCUCCACAGGUCGUUCCUCCAGCCGGCGGCCCCGCCCUUGGCCCCCGCGCCCCCCGCCAGUACAAACGCGGCCGCGCCCUCCGCCGGCGCCCCUGCCCCGGCCUCCGGCGACGCUCCCGACGCGGCGAAGGCCAAGCACACGAUGGUGCUGAUCCCCGCCUCCUUCGGGCUGCCGUCGUCCUCGAGCGCCGCCAGCGACGCCGAAGCGAGCCCCAAGGGCGCGGAGCCGCUCAAGUAUUACCUGGUGUUCGCGCCCACGUCGUCGGGGCAGGGCGCGGCCUCCAGCGCCGCCUCCAGCGCCGCCUCCAGCGUGGCCUCCAGCGCGACCUCCAGCGCGGCCUCGGGGCGGGGCACGCUGCAGCCGCCGGCGGAGGCCGCGCCGAGCAUCAUGUCCCCACAGCCCGUGUCCUCGUCCUCAUACCUGGCCUCGCUCCUGAAGGCGGGCGUGCCCCUCGUGCCCGUGUCCUCCUCGGCGUCCCUGACCCAGGUCUCGCCCUCGAGGAGCUACCCGCUCGUCUCCUCCGUGCUCGCCCCGAAGCCUCCGCCCACUGCCCCGCCCUCGCUCCCGCCGCCCCCAGCAGCGCCGUCGGGGGGGCGGGCGCCGCCCUCGACGGCUUCCUGCCCUCCAGCUCGGCCUCGGGCCAUGCAGCGCUCUUAA